AUGACCUUUCCUUUGGGAGGGCGCGAGCGCCUUGGGAGGCCGCUGUUUGUUUUUCCCAGAGAUAUUCCGCAAUCCUUGCUGCCGGUGUCUGGUGUCCUCCUCCAGAAAGCGCAUCUUCGUAUUAAUGUCGUUUGUGGUAGGCCGUCGGUCGAUGAUCUCGGAGCGGCGCCCAUUGCGUCUAAAUUUGCACGUUAUACAACACUGCAAGAGGGGAUUCCUCCUGCACCUUACAUAAAUAUAGAACACACGUACCAGUGCCGUGGUUCCUUCAUCCCACAACUAGCCUUUCCUGGGGGUGGUGAUGCGCCACUAGAGUCGGACAUAGGUAAUCCAACUAAGCCAUACGACAGAGUCGAUGCAGGAAAGGGUGUAGUAGCUUCUAACGUAUCUGGGACUUUGCCAGUAGAGCGGGGAUCUUGUAUUACUUUGUCAUCAUCUUCUCCUUUAAUUGCGCUCAAUCCUGAUGGGAAUCUGCACCACCCCAUCUACCGGCGUAUAAAUUCGCAGAAUAUUAAAGAUGGUGGCAGCAGCGAGGACGUUGACGUGGUAGCCACAGAAGGGAUUCAGUUGGACCACGACAUUUCAUCGAGGACAAAACCCAACCGCUCCACUCAACGCGAUUCGGAUGGUCGUGGGGAGGUCGGACAGGGGUCGUCGCCUACCCUCGCCGCACCUCACAAAAGUGCUGGAGAGCCUUGGGCGAAUCAUGGAAAUCUGUAUGGUUCUAUGGAUAUUGACAGUGUGCUUCGACGCAGGGAGGACCAUAUUAAGCGUAUUCCUAUGCCAGAUGUCGAAUGGCGAUACGGCCCGUUUGACUAA